AUGGUUCAAUUUUACUCAGAAGAGCUCGGGUUGGAAAGAACAGAUCCUGACCUUUGGAGACUUCGUACCGAUGAGUUGGGUCGUGAAACAUGGGUCUAUCUUACUCCUGAACAGGCAAAAAAUGAUGAACAAUGCACUUUCACUCAAUGGCUACUGCAAAGUGAAAAAUUCCCAAAGCCAUCGCCCAAUAGACAUAGUGGUACGACUGACUUCAAAGCUGCUGAUGCCUGCGAAAACGGUGCAUCCUUCUUUAAGCUUUUACAGGAUCCCAGAUCUGGUAUUUUCCCCUGCCAGUACAAGGGACCCAUGUUUCUAACCAUCGGGUAUGUUGCUGUUCACUAUAUUAGCGGUACGACGAUCCCAGAACACGAAAGAAUCGAAAUUAUUAGAUACAUCGUUAAUACAGCUCACCCAGUCGAUGGCGGCUGGGGAUUGCACUCUGUGGACAAAUCUACAGCUUUUGGCACCGUUGUCAACUAUGUGAUAUUGAGGCUGCUAGGCCUUCCCAAGGACCAUCCGGUCUGUUUGAAAGCAAGAGCACUGCUCAUGAAACUUGGCGGAGCCAUUGGAGCCCCUCAUUGGGGAAAAAUAUGGCUAAGUGUCUUGAACUUGUACAAAUGGGAGGGAGUAAAUCCUGCCCCACCAGAAAUGUGGUUGCUACCAUACGCUUUACCUAUCCAUCCCGGUAGAUGGUGGGUACAUACAAGAGCCAUUUAUUUACCCGUCAGCUACUUAUCUCUAAUACGGUACUCUUGCCCUCUUAAUGACCUCUUGAGGGAACUAAGAAGUGAGAUAUAUGUCAAACCUUUUGAUUCCAUCAAUUUCUCCAGCAACAGGAACACUGUUUGUGGGAUUGACCUUUACUAUCCACAUACAACGGUUUUGAACAUGGCAAACAACGUUAUGGUGUUUUACGAGAAGCAUCUGAGGCCAAAUUGGCUCGGCAAGAAAGCCAAGGAUAGAGUCUAUGGCCUGAUAAAGAAGGAGAUUGCUAAUACCGAUUACUUAUGUAUUGCACCGGUGAAUCAGGCAUUCUGUGCUUUGGUGACAUACAUAGAGGAAGGUAAAGAGUCAUCGGCUUUCAAAAAGUUUGAAGAUAGGCUCAAGGAUGCCUUGUUCCAUGGUCCUCAAGGUAUGACAAUUAUGGGUACCAAUGGUGUGCAAACAUGGGACUGUGCAUUUGCAAUUCAAUACUUCUUCGUUGCAGGGUUAGCAGAGAAACCAGAGUACUACGAUACUAUAUGCGCUGCCUAUAAAUUCUUAUGUCGCACACAAUUUGAUACUGAAUGUGUUGAAGGAAGUUUCAGGGACAAGCGAGUAGGUGCUUGGCCAUUUUCUACCAAGGCGCAGGGAUAUACUGUCUCUGAUUGUACUGCUGAAGCUAUCAAGGCAAUAAUUAUGGUGCGUAACUCGCCAAAGUUUGCUUCUAUCCGAAACGAAAUAACAGAUGAAAGAUUAUGCAAGGGCAUCGAUGUUCUUUUGAGCUUACAAAACAUUACUUCUUUCGAGUAUGGGUCAUUCGCUACAUAUGAAAAGAUAAAGGCACCGUUGUCAAUGGAAAAAUUGAAUCCAGCCGAAGUUUUUGGAAACAUCAUGGUAGAGUUUCCAUACGUUGAGUGUACAGAUUCCUCAGUCCUGGGACUAACCUAUUUUCAUACAUUUUAUGAUUACCGAAAAGAGGAGAUUUCAAAGAGAAUCAAGCUCGCCAUCGACUACAUCAAAAGAGACCAGGAUGAAGAUGGCAGUUGGUAUGGUUGCUGGGGUGUAUGCUAUUCUUACGCUGGAAUGUUUGCAAUGGAAGCUUUACAUUCUGUUGGAGAGAACUAUUCCAACUCUGAAUAUGUGCGGAAGGGAUGCGAUUUCCUUGUAAGUAGGCAGAUCUCCGAUGGUGGAUGGGGCGAAUCAAUGAAAUCAAGUGAGUUACACAGUUACGUCAGCACUCGAGAAUCGCUUGUUGUUCAAACUGCGUGGGUUCUAAUCGCUCUCCUUUUGGGCAAAUACCCCAACAAGAGUGUUAUCGAUGCAGGUAUUAAACUAUUGAAGAAGAGACAACUGGAAACAGGAGAGUGGAAGUUUGAAGGGAUCGAGGGUGUCUUCAACCAUUCGUGUGCGAUUGAAUACCCAAGUUACCGCUUCUUAUUCCCAAUCAAAGCACUAGGAUUAUAUACUGCAACAUAUGGUGAUGACUCCAUAUAG